UUGUAAGUGUGAUACCACGCUACCCUCAUGUACUAACACUAUACGUUUUGGUAUUUUACAUCAUUCUAAAAUAUUCAUAGAAUUUACAUGAGGAUUUUAAUGGCAUUAAUGUAAAGUACGACAUUGUGCGAUCUUGUGUCGAUUAUUCGACAAUGUUUCAUUCAGCCCAAGAUAAUAUUAUAUCGAAUAUGAAAUAAUUGCCAUCACCAAAAAAUGCAAAAAGAUGUGAAAUCACUACUUAUUUAAAGGAACUGUCAACACUCAGUUCUUUAGUCCAUGGAGUCUAUUGAUUGGUCGACAGGGAGAUGUAAAAAAUGGCUUCCUUGCCUUCUCCUACUCAGGUGGCAGGGACCCACAGUUCUAUAUAUGAGGCCUAUUAUCACCAAGUAGACCCCAAUGGCACUGGGGCAAUACAAGCCCUUGAUGCAGCUAGAUUCCUCAAGAAGUCACGUCUUAGCGAUGUGGUACUUAGCAAGAUUUGGGAUCUCUCCGAUCCUAAUGGCAAAGGAUAUUUGGAUAAAGCAGGGUUAUUCGUGGCGUUGAAGCUGGUGGCGCUGGCGCAGGCCGGGAAAGAUAUAAAUAUGAGCAACAUACACUCAGAGGCACCGCCGCCUAAAGUUGGUGAACUUCCUAAAGUUCCACCACCGAGUGUCAGCCCAAUGCCAGCGAUGCCGCUGAGCGACUGGAGCAUAAAGCCAGCAGAGAGAGAGAAAUACAGUCAGCUAUUUGACUCGCUUCAGCCCAAUAAUGGAUUUAUUGCUGGUAAUAAGGUGAAGGGAGUGUUGAUGGAGUCGAAGCUUCCCUUGGACACUUUAGGCAAGAUAUGGGAUCUCGCAGACCAGGAUAAAGAUGGGAUGCUCGAUAGACAUGAGUUUAUUGUGGCGAUGCACCUAGUGUACAAAGCGCUCGAGAAGCACGCGGUCCCAACCACUCUGCCCCCUGAACUCCGCGCUCGGCCCCCUCGGCCUCCAUCACGCCCCCCUUCACGACCCCCAUCCCGGCCCCCAUCGAGGCCUCCCUCGCCACAGCCCAGAGCGCCCCCUCGGCCACAGCCCCCCACGCAGAAUACGGACCUAUUCGAUGGACUGCUCGACUUGUCUAGUCCCCCGUCAUCGACUCCGGCGUCCUCUCAGUGGAUAUCGUCAAGUGAUCGCGUGAAGUACGACACGCAUUUCACGUCAUUGGACACGGACCGCGACGGAUUCGUGUCCGGAGCUGAGAUCCGACAUGUACUGCUCGAGACUGGAUUGCCGCAGGCCACUCUUGCGCAUAUAUGGGCUCUAUGCGACACAUCGAGCUCGGGCAAGUUGUCCCGGGCCCAGUUUGCGGCGGCGAUGUGUCUCGUGCAACGCACGUUGCAGGGUAUACCGCCUCCCGCAGUGUUGCCGCCCGAUUUGAUUCCCGCCGCCACUAUGGCCCCAUCUGUUCCUGCUAUACAGCCAAUUCCUGAACCAGUGUCCCUUGGCCCGCAGCCGACGCCUGAAAUGGACGCCAUAGCUCGUGACGUAGACUCAUUGGCGAGGGAAAGGCUUUCCCUCGAAGCAGAAGUCGCAAAUAAGCAGAAAGAGCUGACGGUUAAAUCUGGCGAGGCGGAUAGCUUACAGAGUGAAUUGGACACUUUAACAGCUACUCUGAAACAGUUGGAAAACCAAAAAGGUGAAGCCCAGAAAAGGCUGAACGAUUUGAAGUCACAGGUGGAAAAACUACGAAGUCAAGUGUCAGCGCAAGAAGCGGCAGCAGCGGAGACGGAAGCCGAAGUGGCGGCGAGGCGUGCCGCUGCCAACACCCUCAAGGAGAAAGAGAGGAGCCUUCAAGAUGAGACGGCGCAAGCGCAGCUCCAAGCUGAGAAGCUAAGCGCUCAGCUCACCAGUUCGGUGCUCGCUGUCAGCCAGGCGAAUUUAAAACUGAAUCACCUGGAGGAGCAUCAUAGGUCAUUAACAGCUGCAAUAGAGGCGAUCGACGCCGGCGCAGGUGUAAGCGUGCUCAACCUGCAACCGCAGUUCUCGAAGCAGCACCUGCAACAGCUGGUGCGAGGUUCGGGAGACGAGGAUGAAGAAUUCUCGAAGGCAGACUUCAGUGCAAUGAACGGCUCUGCCGGUUUCACUUCGGACCCCUUCAAGGACGACGCUUUCUCGUCUAAUCUUCCUGCUAACGACCCAUUUGCGCCUUCGAAUAAACCGGCACAGGAUGGCUUCGCUAGUGAUCCGUUUGGCGGCUCUGCUGAUCCGUUCGCGGGCGAUUCCUUUGCGAGCAAUGAGACGAACAAGCAGAGUGAUGGUGCCUGGGAAUCCGAUCCUUUCGCAGUGUUGCACGCUCCGACGCGAAAUUCAACUGUUAGCAAUACUAGCAACACUAGCAACCCGAGCAACGCCAGCAACACUGCUAAACGGCACAAGACUCCGCCCCCGCGGCCGGCACCCCCUCGCCCCAUGCCCCCGCACAAGACCGAACGCAAACCUAUCGACUUCACCGAGGACCCCUUCAAAGACUACCGUUACGAAGACCCGUUUAACAUCGAAGACCCCUUCGCCGAUGUCAACGACAGAAAAGCCGAUCCGUUCGGCCGCCCGACUUCUGUCGCCGGUUUCGAGAAAGACGACUUCUUCUCUGCCUCUUCGAAUUUAAAUGGAACCUUCUCGAAGCCGGAGCGAAUUAGUGGACGAGUAUCGGCGCCUCCCGUCGCCUACGACCCGUUUUCCAAGCCCACCACUAAUAAUGACUCCUGGGCGGCCUGGCCGAACGAUAGCUGGGCGUCCGAAGAUGCCUGGUCUAAACCGGCCCCUCCCAAACCGGAUGUUUGGUCUUCAUCCUCCAAAAAUCUUAAUUCAAAAUCAGACAACUCUGAAAAUAAAACCGAUAAUUGGUCGAGCAAAACCGAUAAUUGGUCGAACAAAACCGAUAAUUGGUCGAACAAAACCGAUAAUUGGUCCGCUAAAACAGAUGACUGGGCGACCGACUGGGGAACCGAUAAAAACAAAAAUCUUAACGAAACCUGGCCAUCAAACACCUUACCCAGUAAGAAAGAGAAGUCGCCCAAGCCAGUGAAAUACGCAAAGUCCCUCGUCCACACGAUUGGUGGGAUCGGCCGGACGAAGCAGAAGGACAAGAAGAAGUCGAACGAGGCUAAAAGUGUGGAUAACCUUCCUUCCGAAGAGCAGCAAUGGGCGUGGGCGGCCGCCGAAUCCAAGCGCCUGGAGAGCGAGGUGGAGGCCAGGAGGCGGCAGGAAGACGCGGAAUUGCAGCUGGCCCUGGCCAUAUCCAGACAAGAGAAGUGACCUCGAAGGGGCCCCUCGAGGUGGCCUCAUUUUCGGUAGCUGCUGUAGGUCGGCGAAGGGCCGAGCUCCGGUCCGUGGAGCGGUCGUCUCCUCUGUGCAACGAUUUGGACUUAUCUUGCCUUAGAUUGGGACCCUUACGAAUAAAAAGUUGGAAAUAUAUCCAAGAUGCAUUCCACAGUAUUUGGCUUUAGGUGUAGGAUCCACUAGUCAUAUUGUUUAUUGUCUCGGGCGUUUAAUGUAAGUACUAUGCUUUAGGCCUAAUUCUGUAUUGUAGCUAGAAAAUAAAGAUAUUUUUCACCUACAGUUAUUAGUUACGUGCGUAGUUUUCAUGUAAAAGUUAUUUAUUGAUUAGCUGGAUUGUGAAUUGGAUUGAAUGGUACAGAUCGUGUUGUGUUUCAAUCAACCUUUAGAUGUCAUGAACGAAGAGCAGCAAAAUAAAAUUGUGUCCGUACGUGAGAUACAUUAAUUAAAUUAUAAUUGUUUUGUAUAUAAUGAAUAUUGUAUAAAAUUACGUGGUACAUUGUCUAUUUAAUUUUAUAUUACCGGAUACGUCAUUUGGGUAUAAAGUUAAUAUACAAAGGCAUUCGCAAAAGCGUUUUUAGUAUAUCGUAUAAUUACUAAUAAUAAUACCGUAAUUUUAUUUAUUUUGAGGCAUUCGAAUUUAUUUGUUAAUUUCCUGAUUUGUUAAUGUAUACUGGAAUUAAUGUUCUAUCAAUAAUUUGGCAUUAUUAUAACUUAUUGAAUGAUUGCGGUGAUAUCUUUAGUUUUUCUUAAAUGCAAAGGGGCCAGUUGCGUUAUUUUUUCUUCAUCAUUUGCCGUUUGGUGAAAAAUCUUGAUUAUUCAUUUUUUUUUUUUUGUAUAGGCAUAUCGAAUAUUUGUAUGAGAAACUUAAUUAAGCGCAAGGUUUUUGAAACAAAUAUUUGACUGAGAAGUAUUGUAUGAUUUGAUGUCUUGAAUAUAUGUAUUCUCUUAUAAGUAUAAAUUCGUUCAUAGAUACACACUAAAACAAUAAAUUACUUGGCGAGUUUUAUGUAUAUAAUCAGAAAGAAAACAGUAGAAGUGUUAGUUAACAAGAUGACAGGUUGUCCCUUUCUAAAAAGAUGUGAGUAAACGAGAUAUCAUCAUUCAUAGCUAUUGUUUGGAUAUAUCUUUAAAUAUUAAUACGAAAAAUAUACACGGCUAAAGCUUUGUUUUGCUAUCCAUAAGGAAAACGAGGCCGUAGUACCAUCGUAUAGAUAGAGCGGUUGUUAAUGUCGAUUCUCUCAAUAUAAUCGUUAAUCUCGCUAAACGUAAGCUGUGGAUAGGAGUUGAUGCGCGUUCACUUUGUUAAUGUUGUCUUUUCAUACCAGAAUGGUAGUCGCCGGGCCAGUUCUAGGCGUAUAAAGAAAAUGUUGAUACCAAAUAUUCGAAGUGCGUAGUACAAAACGCCUAGAAGUCGUUCGGCUGCAGCUUAGCUAUGUAGAUCACGCUUAUGUGCGCACGAGCCGUAAGCCGUCUGGUACAAUAACUAUUUUAGUACUGCACGCUUGCCGGGACACGGCCACCGAGCGAGCAUCGAGCUAGCGUCCCCGCAAGCCUAGUUGUUAGGAUAAUUGUAAACUUUGUAACUAUUGAAUACCGUGUUUAUGGGUACUAUUCUAAUAUUGUUAUCUCUUUCUUAGGCUGUUGUUUGAAUUCGGACCGCGUGGAAAAAUUAUUUAGAGUUGCAGGUAUUAUGUUAUGGAGACGAUUUAUGUUACGGUCCACGUGGCCCGGUCGAUCCUUGUCUGUUAUAAUCUUUCAAUAAUAGCGAUUAAUAUAUUAUUUCUCGACGUUGAUGUGUAUAUGUGUAUCAAAAGCUAUAUAUAAUAUAGAUAUAAUUAUUAUAAUAAAGGAAACGCUGAGGUGUCCAUGCAUUACA